GCCACGGUACAGCGUUAAUCAAGUGGUGGUUUUAAGUAAUCAUAUUAAAAUCGUAGCUCGGCAACUGUAACGUUAGUCGACGACACGUCUGAUAAAAAUAAAACGUGCAAGCACGUAAAGUUCGCGCGAACGAUCGUCAACGAUAAAAUUACGAUAGAUAAGCGGUGACAUUUCGUUGUAAAAUCUCUUACGUGUUAUUCCGAACAUCCGUUUCGUAAAAAAUCAUGAAAAUCAUUUGAUGGCACUUGCGCAAUUGCGACAGCGGUGUGCGUGAUACGUCGGAUCAUUUUUGGAACAAAUAUUAAGUUUGGAGAAGAAUUUUAUCGCCGAGGGGGUGCCCGUAAUCAAACGACUCAAAAAAGUUUUUCAUCAUGAGUACUACGAGAGAAGAGGCAGGGCCUUCGAAACCAUGGGACUCCACAACAGAAGACAAAGAAAAGGACAAUCGAAUGUUUGAGUGCAACAUUUGUCUUGAUACUGCAAAAGAUGCAGUUAUCAGCAUGUGUGGACAUUUGUUUUGUUGGCCUUGCUUACACCAAUGGUUUGAAACUCGCCCAGUAAGACAAAUGUGCCCUGUAUGUAAAGCUGCGAUCAGUAAAGAUAAAGUCAUUCCAUUGUAUGGGCGUGGAGCUACAAGGCAUGAAGAUCCAAGAAAUAAUGUUCCACCACGUCCUGCGGGGCAGAGGACAGAACCUGAAAAUAAUAUUGGAUUUUCGAGUUUUGGAUUUGGAGAUGGUUCUUACAUGUCUUUUGGUAUUGGAACAUUUCCAUUUGCAUUUUUCACAUCAACUUUUAACUUUGGAGAAACACGACCUGCUGCAGCUGCUAGGGGAACACCUCAAUACGAGGAUGAGCAAUUUCUUUCGAAGGUGUUUCUGUGGGUGGCAUUGGUAUUCAUCUGUUGGCUUCUGAUGGCAUAACAUUUUUGUUCAACCAUACUUCUUGCUCCAUAUUUUGUAAUUCUAUCCACUUGUUGGAUUGAUUCAUUACUGUUUUAUUAAUACAUCAAUCUUUCCCCGUUUGUGUAAUCGUUGUUACUCGCUGUAGUAACUAUACCUGCUUGAAUAAACAAACGGGAUUUAAUUGUUAUAGCUAUAAUAACAUUUGUACAUGUACAUACACUUUAUUUUUAAUCUUUUGUGAUUUUAAGAAAAAAAUAAAUUUUGUAUCUAAAUACAACACUGUUCAUGUCCUUACUGACGAUACAAAACAGUUAUAGGUUAUGUAUUUGUAUUUAUACUUUCACUAAACAUACGUAUUCAAGCAGGUUGUUUUUAUGACUUCUGAAAGUCUGAAACUUACUCUUCUGAUAUUUAUGUAUAUACAUAUAUGUAUAAAUAUACCAUAUUUAGAUAUGUAAGA